AUGAAGAUAUUAAAGUUAGAAGAGGGGUCAAUUAAUAAGGAAAGUGCUGUGAUAUCCCUUCUCCCAGAAGAUAAAGAAGAUUUAUUUACCUUGUAUCAAAUUAUCGACGAAGAAGAUGAAUUGAUUUUUAAGAAGAAAUUUUCAUCCAGGAAAGAUGAGGAUUCGAAGAAGACAAAUACAGACUUAGUUUUGCUUAAGAUCCAAGUAGUAUCAAGUGAAUUUGAUAUUAAUGAUGAAUUUCUGAGAUAUAAAGGUAAGACUGUUACAGACGAUACUGGAAGGGCCAACGCCGAAGUUCCUGUUGGGAAAUUUAUAAGUUUUACAGUGAAUUACUCUUAUCCAUUUACACUUAUUAAAGAAUCCUUUGAUAAGCACACACGUCAGUUAUUGAAUGAAGCUUGCAAUCCAGAAGGUAAGUCGGAUACAGCAGCAGUGGUGUUACAAGAAGGGAUUGCCCAUGUUUGUAUUUUAACACCGUCAUCUACCAUCCUAAAGCAGAAAAUAGAAUAUAGUCUACCUAAGAAAAAACGUGGUACUGAUAUUAUGAAAUAUGAUGAAAAGACUGAAAAGUUCUACAAAGGUAUAUAUGCGGCUAUGAAUAAGUACUUUGAUUUUGAGAAGUUGAAAAUGGUAAUUCUGUGCUCUCCUGGGUUUUAUGCAAAGACUUUAAUGGGUAAAGUUUUAGAAUAUGCAAAGGAAGAACGUAAUGGUGCAAUUUUGAAUAACAGUUCAAGAUUUCUGGUUGCUCAUUGUUCUACUGGUUACAUGCAAGGUAUUAACGAAGUAUUGAAGGAUCCAGCAUACACUUCAAACUUAAGUGAUACCAAGUACUCUAAGGAGGCAGUCGUAAUGGAUGAUUUCCUAAAACACUUGGAUGAUGAUGAUUAUAAAUCUUGGUACGGUGAAGAAGAGAUUUUCAAAGCAGCCGAGUUAGGUGCCAUUUCCUCAUUGCUGAUCACUGAUACCAAAUUGCAUUCUGGGAAUGUGAAGGGUAGGAAAAAGUAUCUUGAUAUGAUGGAUUCAGUCGAACGUAAUGGUGGUACAGUAUACACAUUCAGUACAUUACAUGAUUCUGGGGAAGAAUUGGAAAAGUUGACAGGUAUCGCAUGUAUUUUAAAGUAUCCAUUACCAGAUCUUGAUGAAGAUGUAGUGGAUUUCGAUUGA